CCACUGCGAUGUCAGUGAGAAAUUCUCGUUAUGCAAGUGGAUUUACCAUUCGGUAAUCGAUGUAAGUGAUUAUCGCCACGGUUCUCAGACUUCGCCAGGAAAUUAAACGUUAGACAUGAUCGAGUAGAUAAGGCAUGUUGCACGCACUAAAGGCAAAAACAAAUACUCGUCUUUCGAGGGAUAUCGGUGUGAUAUAAACUCCGCUACGUGAAAAGAUCGAGCGUGCGUGCUCCCAAAAUCAGCGACGUUCUUCAUCAAAACAAACACAUAAUGCCUCGAACAUGAGGACAAACGAAACAUACGACGUUCAAAUUUGCUGAACCAGCAAAAUUAAUACGUCCUUGUGUGAAAAGCACCAGUUGACCAUGCGGCCUACCAGCUGACUUCAACCACAAGAAUUUGAUCGUUCGCAUAAUCAUUCCGGUUGUUGAAAUAUUCAAUUCUAAGUAGUGAUAUCGUGACCAUGUGGAAUUUCAGCAAAGAAACUACAAUAUCCACAUCAUAAGCGUCACUUCGAUUAUUGUUACCGCUAGUGACUUUUCCAAUUCCUGAUAAAAGACUCAACAAGAUGACCGUUGCGGGAGCUUACUCGGCUGCUCGUAUCGCCUUGUCGUACGGGCCGGAGUUCAGUUUUUUAGUAUUCCUGAGAUUUUUGAUCGUGCUUUUGCGGCAAGACAUAAUCGACAGAGAGAACCGUGUGGAAGUCGUCUCUACGAAAGAUAUGUUCAAUACUUAUGACUUCAUCAUAAUCGGCGGUGGGUCUGCAGGUUCUGUUGUAGCCAAUAGAUUGUCAGAGAAUGCAAAUUGGACCGUUCUUCUACUGGAAGCUGGAGGUGAUGAAACAGUUUUAUCCGACGUGCCUUUGGUAUUCCCAACUCUUCAACUGACCGCUAUGGACUGGCAAUUUAAAACAGAGCCUUCCUCGAUGUACUGUCAGGGUAUGAAUAAUAACCAGUGCAAUUGGCCUAGAGGUAAGGUGCUCGGUGGAAGCAGCGUGCUCAACGCUAUGCUGUAUGUGCGUGGAAAUCGAAGAGACUACGAUAAUUGGAGAGACAUGGGGAAUCCCGGUUGGGGGUACGACAGUGUGUUACCAUAUUUUAAAAAGUCAGAAAACACUUCAAUACCGGAACUUCUGGAUUCCCCUUAUCACGGGACCGACGGUUACUUGUCGGUCGAGAAAUUCAGGUACAACAUUCCAAUAGCGCAAUUCUUUCUGGAUGCCGGUCAUGAUCUUGGGUAUGACGUAGUCGAUGUCAAUGGAGCAACCCAAUCUGGUUUCACUUUUCCCCAGGGCACUUUGAGAGACGGACUGAGAUGCAGUUCGGCCAAAGCUUUUCUACGUCCUGCAUCCCGCCGAAAAAACCUUCACGUCAGCACGCAUUCGAAUGUUGAUAAAAUUCUUGUGCAUGAGACCACGAUGGCGGCCUAUGGCGUUCAGUUCCGAAGGGGUAUUAGGAAGUACAGCGUUUAUGCCAGAAAUGAAGUAAUACUGUCAGCAGGUGCGAUACAGUCACCUCAGCUUCUCAUGAUAUCCGGAAUCGGGCCGAAAGAACAUCUUGAAGAAAUUGGGAUUCCAGUGAUCCACGACAGUCCCGGAGUAGGGCAAAACCUUCAGGAUCAUGUGGCUAUCGGUGGUUUAACUUAUUUAAUCGAUCCACCGCCAGCAUGUCCUGAUCCGAAUGGCUUUGCUUUCGUAUUGCCAAAAUUGUUGACAAUAUCAACGGUGAAACAGUUCUCUAACGAGAGGAGGGGCCCGCUUUAUGACGUACCGGAAUGCGAGGCCAUGGCGUUCGUCAAUACUAAAUAUGCCAAUGUAACGAUGGAUUAUCCGGAUAUUCAAUUAUUUCUUGGCACAGUAGCAGACAAUACGGACGGUGGUCUCUUCAGCAAGAGAAAUGGUGGACUUAAAGACGAUUUCUUUGCUAGCGUGUUUGAAGAUAUUCUCUACAAAGAUACCUACAACAUAAUACCAUUACUGAUGCGCCCAAAGAGCAGAGGCUAUGUGAGGUUGAGGGAUGCUAAUCCGAAACAUCACCCGAUCAUCGUUCCGAACUACUUUGACGAUCCUCAUGAUUUGGAUGUUUUGGUGGAGGGUGCAAAAUUCAUUUAUGACUUCAGUCAGACGCCGACUAUGAAAAAGUUCAAUGCGAGACCGAACUCGAACAAAAUACCCGAGUGCGCCCACUUGACAUUUCCUUCUGAUGAUUACUGGCGUUGUCACGCGAGACAUUACACCAUGACAAUUUAUCAUCCGGUGGGUACUUGUAAAAUGGGUUCUCCCGAAGACAAUAUGGCGGUAGUGGAUCACCGAUUGCGAGUAUAUGGCGUGGACGCGCUUCGAGUCGUAGAUGCUUCCGUUAUGCCGAGUAUUACUACGGGGAAUACAAACGCUCCGACGAUUAUGAUUGCUGAAAAAGCGGCAGAUAUGAUUAAGGAAGAUUGGGAAGCGAUUUACAAAGAAAGAAUCUUCGAUGAAGAAUUCAGCGAAAGAGAACACUUUCGAAUUUUAGGAGUGCAUCAAUGGAAGAGCAAAAGAGUGAUGCAGGAAAGACUAAGAGAACAAAAGGUCACCGCUUUCAGGGAUAAUAGAAUUGAUAGAUUUACAGCGGGCGAUGGCGAUGGAAAAUUGCACAUCGACUUGGAUGAUUCUGUCGAUAAUGGCGAUGAUGAUAUCGUCAAAGAGGAAUGGGAGAGGGAGGUUGAAAUGGUGAACAAUCAGUUGGAAGCUAUCAAGAAGAAACGACACUUGUUUGAGGAUGAUUUACAGGAACAAAAAUUAUUUGAAAUACAAAUUCUGUCUGAUAAAAACCUACCAAUUACACGAAAUAUGAGCGUUCAAGUGUUUUGUCAAAAUCAAACUGUUACAUGAGUUUCGGAAAAUAUUCGAUACGAAACUGAUUUUAUCGUUCACCAAUUGUGGGAAAGCAGCGAUCACAUCGAUACAUACGAACAGAAACCGAUCAUGUGUUGAAAUUUUUUAAUAAAACAUAGAACAAGUUUUAUAUUCGAAAAAAGUUACCGAAUUAGUUUGAUGUUUAGGUUACUUCUUCUUUUCACAUCAUAAUUCAUUACUUGCGUAAUUAAUUUGAUCGUUGGCUAUCACUAAAAAUGGAUGAAAAUAAAAUAUCCUUGUAAUACUUUGCGGAUGAUGUUUGAGCAGCUGUCCAAAUGUAAUUAUGCAUUCCAUUUUGAGUCCUACCAUACCAAAAAGCGGGUCAGCAUAUAUUGUCUUUAAUCGAGGUCGACCGAAUGUUUCAAUAAAACUUAUUAAACUGUCAAAUUUAAUUAUCAAACUAGGAAAAAAUGCUUUCAAGAUUCAUAGACGGUUAUCUUGUAACUCACUACUACUAAUUAAGGUUCUACGCUAAUAAUUUCAAGUGAUCGACUAAUCAGGAUAGCGAAAUUGCAUGAAAGUGACACUGGAAAUGAAGAGUUAUGGCGUGUAAUAUUCAUUUGACAUGCUUUUUCAGACGUCCGAUUCAUGAAUAAAACAAAAACUAGGUAAAAUUACAUGCGAAUAACACCAGAAUUCAAACACACGCUGUACAAUGCUCCAUUUUUCGGUCGAUUGAUUAUCAUAUUUAAAGAAGGUGUACCAAUAAUUUAACGUUUGCUCUAUAAAAUAGAAUCGAGUAUCAACUUCGGCUCAAAUAGAGACGACGUGACUUGGUUUUCAACCCUUUUUUCACAUUGUACGCGUACCUGGCACAUGGCAAGCCAAAUAGUAUAAUAAUUUUAUAUGCAAUAAAUCAGAAGUUGUCAAGCCGGAAAAUUCAUCGUUGCAAGCUUCUUCAGUUCCAACUGCCCCUCGCUCAAGUUUGAGAUAACACAUCCGAAAUGG